AUGCCCGUCCGUCGACGGCGUCGCCUCACGCCCCUGGCUGUAAUGGCCCUCGUGGUGCUGACCGUGCUCUUCAUCACCCUGCCCCCGGACUCGCCUGCCGUGCUGGCAGUGGUGUUUAAUUCCGCGCGUCUCCGAUCGGCGCUGCUGCCGGGCGAUAGGGACGCGUGGCUGAGCGAGCGAGCGCGGUAUCCGGUGCACUUGGCGAGCGAGGUGGGGUGCCUGAUCAAGACGGGGUACGGGACGAGGCAUCGCGUCCGGGAGCAGCUGGGUGCGUUUGCGGUCAAGGGCGGCGUGCUGGGCGACGAGGGGAGGGACUACCUGGUCGUGGGGGACUGGGAGGCGGCAAACGGCACCGCGGGGGGGGACCUGGGCGCGGCGGUUGUAGAUGCCGUCGGGUUGGUGAUGCGGGAUGAGAGGGUGCGCGACUCGGCGGACCAUGUACGCUUUGGCAAGUACAGGAGCUUGAGGGCCGCGGUAGAGGCCGGCGAUGAGCUCAGGGCCGGCGAGCUGGGGGCAAAGUUUGGCUGGGAGCUCGAUGCGUUGAAGGUGAGUGCUUUGAGAUUUCUACACCAUGUUGCUGGGAUUUUCUCUGGUACGAGUGGGAGUCUUGUCAGGAUUGAUGAAAUGGCAAGUGACAGGUUGAAGAGGGAGAGCUCUCUGGCUGACUGCUUUGUACAGUUCAUCAUGGGCAUGGAACUAUCGUACAAGAGGAUGCCGCACAAGAAGUGGUAUCUUAUCCUGGAUGACGACACAUUCGUGGUCAAGGAGUCCCUAGAGUUGCUGCUCAGUCACUUGAACCCUUCGAAGCCGCAGUAUGUGGGCAACGCGGUGGGGGAUUACAAGGCGCGAUUUGCUCACGGCGGAUCAGCCGUCAUUAUUUCCGGUGAGGCCAUGAGGAUACUCUUCAGCAGGCCGGACAUUGUGCGAGAAGCCUACGUUCGCUCGUUGGACGAGACAUGGGGCGAUAGACUGGUGGCGACGACGCUGCAGAGGAUUGGCGUUUACAUCGACGAGCGAUACAGUCAUUAUUUUAACGGGGAGGCACCUGACAUGACAAGGAUUCGGGCAGAUCGUGUCUGCUCGCCCAUUGUUUCCUUCCAUGGACUCCGGAAUCCUGGCGCCAUGGUCCAUGCGGGCACGACAUUGGGCAAGAUGAGAAAGCCGGUACUUUGGGGCCAGCUGUGGGAGUUGUUUGGCCAGACACCUUUGGAGUCGUUUGAAAACUCAGUUCUGAGAGAGGGAGACCAUGUUGGUCCUGGUGAGAAAGAGGUCAAGGUCUGGCAAGGCAUCAAGACGGCACGGGAUUGCCAGCGUAAAUGUAAAAGCUGGUGCUUGGCGUGGGCAUAUGAUGGGCAAAAUCGCCAAUGUCGUGCCAGUCCAUGGCUCAUUGUUGGACCACGGAACAACGCCGGCGAGGUAUCCGGGAUUAAUACGUCGGUGGCGAGAUCUGCUUUUCGAAAAUGCUCGCUUGUAGGCUGA